CCCUUUGUGUCAAAGGACAGGCUCCUCUAGAUACAACAGAUGCACUGCCUUAUGUACUUGUUCUUUUCUCUGUAUUAAGGACACACUGCAGGCACAAAUCUCUCUGGUGUUUUUCUAUUUUAUAAAUCCUUCUGCAGCAGCAAAUGAGUUAAUGAGAACCUGCCCUACAGAACAGCUGAUAGUCCAGGCACAGACUGUGUGAAGGUGUCAAACUGUGACACUCUUUGCAUAUGGGAGGUUGGCGCUGUGUGAGGAUAACAACCAGGGAAGAGACUUCAGUCUGAUUAAACAUUAGCUGGGUGUCUUGGUAAAGGAGGGGGCAAUGUAGAGGAGGUGUUAUGAGAUGUACUUUGCACCUUUCAAAGGAAGACUGCAGAAAUCUAAAGCCGGAAUGAAGAAGCGCUCAGAAAUUGAAGAUGACCUCGUAUUAACCACGAGGUUUCUAUUUAACCCAAAGCUUGGAAUUGAUAAUCCUGCUUUGUGUCUGGGAGAAGACACGGGUUCUGAUCCCGAGCCUGCGGCAAGGAUUUGCAUUUUAAGGAAAGAUGCAGAUGGGGAUUUUGCCUUUCAUUUGAGUAAGGAGCAGGAGAGAGAGGGCCAUAUUGUGAGGCAGGUGGUUCCUGGAGGCCCGGCCUAUCUUGCAGGACUGAGGGAUGGAGACCAGCUGCUACAGGUUAAUGGAGAAUAUGUGCAUGAACAGGAGUACCUAAGGGUGGUACAAAAAAUAAAGUACAGUGGUUCCCGGCUAUCGCUAGGUGUCCUGGAUGAAGCAGCUUAUGAAACGCUACGCUCCAGUCACAGGUCCCCAGCAUCUGUCCUUUCAAAUUUUCUUUCUGACUCAUGUCCUCGCCCCCACUUCUACCGUGUAAAGAAUGAAGGUCGAGGCUUUGGAUUUACUGCCAGCGCCACAGGUGGUGUGCGAGGGACGUUCCUGCUUCAGGUAGAGGACGGGGGUCCGGCACAGAAGGCUGGAGUUCCUCAUGGCUGCCGAUUGUUAGAAGUGAAUGGGGAGAGUACAAUCAGUAUUACUUUGAGUCAGCUCACUAAGAAGCUGCAACGUAGAAGUUCACAUGUAGUUCUACUAGUACUGGAAGCCUCUGCUUGGGAUGUCUAUGAAUCUCAUGGGGUUCCACUGAGUGCAGCACUUGCUGAAACAUCCUCUCUCCCUUACCGGACAAGGAAACUGCACUUGGUAAAAGGUCCACAAGGAUAUGGGUUCCUCCUGAGACAAGAGAAGUGCCUGGCAGGUCAAGGUCAGUUCCUACGUGAGAUCGAUCCUGGACUUCCUGCAGAGGAUGCUGGAAUGCGUGAAGGAGACCGUCUUCUGGGAGUUAAUGGGCAGAGUGUUGAGGGACUAGAACAUGAAGAUACUGUGAGCAUGAUUCAGGAAAGUGGCAAGCAGGUCACAUUAAUUGUUAUCAGCAAUGAAGGGGACAGGUUCUUUAAUGAGAUUGGACUCUCCCCUUUGCUAUUUUAUGAGGAAGAAACUUCAGUACAUUCAGAAUGUAAGAAUGUGACUCAAACAACAACUGGAACCCCAUCUGGUCCUGGGCAUACAGAGCCACAGGUGAGGGCAGAUCCUUCCAAAACCCUCAGUACUUCCACAGAAAUACAGAGGAAUGAAGAAUGAGGGAAAAUGUUCCAUCACUUCUGCCAUAAAGACAGGAAAUGGUUCUGACACUGCUGUCAUCAGAGAAUUAUCAAUUAAGGCUCAUAAAAAUUGUAGAGAAAUAUUAACUAUGGAUCCUGUGGAUUAUGCCAACAAUCACAUCUUUAUCAUUUAUUCUAGAUCUUCACCUGUCUGAUUUAAAAUAUGAAAUAUAAGGAUGAUUAUCACACAUGACCAUGAUCACAACUGCUAAGCUGCUUGACAGUGACUCGCAUGGUAUAUCACCCUAAUCACAGCUAUAGUAGGGAAGAUUCUAGAUUUAUGGCACAUUAGCUUCCUAUGUGAUCCAAUGAAUGACCGUGGGGCUACACAGUUGUAUCUGUAGCUUAUUGGUGGGUGCUUCUACCUUGCAGUCCUGUGGCCCAGAGUUCAAUUUUCUUGGAAUACAACUGGUUAGUUUGUUCUCCCUGUGUCUGUGUUGGUUUCCUUGGGUUUCCUCCCACAUUCCAAAAA